GACAAGAUCGAUAAUCUUGACGUCCAAAUGCGAAGUAUGAGCGAAGUUAUGGAAGGAAGGCUUGGAUCGCUCGACGAAGGCCAAGGUAACACCAACGCCGUCGUGGCACGACUCGAGCAGCGCUUAGAAGAGGUACUUCGGGCAUUCCAGCAGCAGCAACCACGGCAGCAUGACGUCCCUCUAAGGCGCGAACACCACCGACACACCGAGCACGACGAACGCACGCCAUCACCACGGU